AAUGCGCCGCUUCUCUUUGUCCGCUAUUAACUUAUUGAUUUGGUUUGGUUUGGUGUGUCUUUAUAUAUUGCAUCCGCAGGAAAAAAUUUAGCAGUUUUAACUAUUAAUAACUAUAUAUAAUUACUCUUGGUAUUAAAAAGUCGAAAACUCGGACAAGAAAAAUAUACUAUACUAUUAAAUAUUUACUCAAUUACAAGUGAGAAACUUAAAAUGGAUAAUAAUUCGGAGAAUCGUGAAAAAGAACGCGAUCGCCGUGGACGAGGUACUCGUGGCUCUCGAUUUUCCGAUGCUGAUCCUCCAAGCAGCAAUAGCGGCGGUGGCAGUGGCAAUCGUGAUCGCAGCCGUGAACGACGCAACUGUCGCGUUUACAUAUCUAACAUACCCUAUGAUUAUCGUUGGCAAGAUUUGAAAGAUGUCUUUCGGCGUAUUGUCGGCUCAGUAGAAUAUGUUGAAUUGUUUCAUGACGAGAAUGGGAAAGCACGUGGUUGUGGAAUUGUAGAAUUCAAAGAUCCUGACAAUGUUGAAAAGGCUUUGGAGAAAAUGAAUCGCUACGAAAUUAAUGGCCGCGAGUUAGUGGUCAAGGAAGAUCAUGGCGAACAACGCGAUCAAUAUGGCCGCAUUAUACGUGACGGUGGUGGUGGUGGAGGUGGCGGCGGCGGCGGCGGCGGUGGCCGCGGUAGCAUGGGCGGCGGUGGCGGCAGCAUUUCUGGCGAUCGCGGUGAUCGCGGAUUUUCGCGUCGUGAUGAUGAUAGAUUAUCUGGGCGUAAUAAUUUUAACAUGAUGGGCAAUAAUGAUUAUAAUAAUCCAUCGUCGAAUUACAAUUAUUAUGGGCUUUCUGCUUCGUUUUUGGAGAGUCUUGGCAUUACUGGACCCUUGCAUAAUAAAGUUUUUGUUGCUAAUUUGGAUUAUAAAGUGGACUCUAAGAAGCUUAAGCAAGUCUUCAAAUUGGCCGGUAAAGUUCAAAGUGUCGAUUUAUCGUUAGACAAAGAUGGCAAUAGUCGAGGUUUUGCUGUUGUCGAAUAUGAUCAUCCAGUUGAAGCCGUACAGGCAAUAUCUAUGUUGGAUCGUCAAAUGUUGUUCGAUCGUCGUAUGACCGUUCGUCUCGAUCGUAUACCCGAUAAGAGUGAAGGUUUGAAAUUACCCGAAGGUUUGGGCGGUGUUGGCAUUGGCCUAGGUCCUAAUGGUGAACCAUUAAAAGAUGUAGCCCGUAAUUUACCGAAUAUUAUACAGCAGCAACAAGGUAAUCAACAACCGUCGCAGCAAAUGGGUGGUGGCGGCGGUGGCAACAUGAUGGGGGGUGGUCCUAAUAUGGGAGGUGGCGGAGGCGGAGGAGGUGGUAAUAUGGGUAACAACAUGGGUGGCGGUAGUUUGGGUGGCAUGUUUGGUAAUAACAAUUCAAUACAACCUUCUCCAGUGGCUCCGGUUGUGGCGUCCAAUAAAUCCCAAAGCAGCAUGCCUUUGAAUACAAAUUUGAAUUUAAGCAACUUGAAUACAUCUAAUUUGGCAGCCCUAACUAAUGUAGUGGGAGGUCUGGGAGCUGCUCUUAACAAUCCGUUAUUAACGUCGUCACUUAGCAAUCUAGGCUUAAAUUUGGGUAACAAUCAAGGCUCUCUACCGGCCGGUAACGAUGAUUCCAUGUCAUCGGGCAAUGCCGCCUUAUCCAAUAACUACAGCACUGGCGGCAAUAAUUACAGUUCGGGUUUUGGGCAAAGUUCGGGUUUUAACACGGGCCCAGGAAAUAGUGGCGGCGGAGGGGGAGGCGGUUUUAUUUCUUAUAAUAGUGGCGGCGGGAGUGGUGUCGGUCCAGGCAAUGCUGGUCCAGCUAUUGAUAAUAAAGAUUUUAAUGUCGGCGCUAGCACAAUGGACAUGUGCUCAGGCACCGGUAAUACCGGAAGCAAUGUACGCAAAUCCGAUACGAUUAUCAUUAAAAAUAUUCCGCUGACCUGCACUUGGCAAACAUUACGUGACAAAUUCCGCGAUGUGGGUGAAGUGAAAUUUGCUGAAAUACGAGGCAAUGACGUAGGAGUAGUAAGAUUUUUCAAAGAACGUGAUGCUGAAUUAGCCAUAGGCCUUAUGGACGGUUCACGCAUGGAUGGACGCACUAUUAAAGUCACUUAUUUCUAAAAUGUUUAAUGUUUUUUCUUUUUCUCACUUUAUUUUACACUUUAACAAUAAUUUCUCCGAGAAUUCGUCUUUCAUUUCGUUAAAUUGCAACUUAUAUUAUUAAAUUUAGAGAUUUACGUACUACGUGAAGAAGAUGAAAAACGAAUCUUAAAAGAGAUCAUUCAUUGAUACCACCUUAUAUAUAUAUAUAUAUAUAUAUAUAAAUGGUUUUAGAAUAUAUUUAAAUUGAAAACGACAAAAGGUAAUCGUCGAACGCCGCAACCUUUAUAAGUAAAUCACACAUAUAAUAGCAUUUUUAUUAUAUGCAUUAUCUACCGACAUUUGAGUAAAAUAUCAUAACACAUGUAGUAGU